AUGUUGUCCAGCGCUGCCCUUCCCGCUGUACGAGGCUCGCCCUUAAAUCUCUGUCGAAGAUGCCUCCUUAAAUCUUUAGCUGCAAGGGGGCAGCAAACUAGAUCAAUAUCCACCUCGUUUCUUGAAAAACAGGCAGAGGCGAAGAAGAUAUGGGACGAGAGAGCCCAGUUAAUUAAAGAGGGAAAGAUACCGCACCUCUGGGAUAUGUUCAAGGAGCGUGGAUACGUCAAAGAUAUCGCCGGCACCGAUGAACAGAUUAGAGAGCUUAUGAGGGUAAAAAGAAUAGGCGCUUACGUCGGAAUUGAUCCCACCGCACCCUCUCUUCACGUCGGCCACCUAUUGCCUCUAAUGCCUCUUUUCUGGAUGUACAUACAUGGCUACCGAGCUGUUAGCUUAGUUGGAGGCGCUACAGUCAAGGUCGGCGACCCUACCGGUCGUUUACAGAGCCGCGAUCCCAUUUCGAAAUCGGACAUAACUAUGAAUAUUACCAAGAUACACUACCAGUUGAAACGUAUAUGGGCUAACGUCGAGGCCCAAGGGGACCGUUUCGGCUAUAAGAAACAACCUAGGAUAUGGAGUCGGGCGUUGGUAAAUAACAGCAUGUGGUAUAACAACGUGCCUUUCAUCGAGGUCGUAGCUCGGCUGUUCAAGGGAAUACGAAUAGGGCCUAUGCUCUCGCGCGAGACCGUCAAGCGCAAGAUGGAACAGGGCGAUGGCAUGUCAUUGGAUGAAUUCGUAUAUCCACUGAUGCAGGGUUGGGACUGGUGGCAUUUGUAUAACAAACAAGGUGUUCAAAUGCAAAUAGGUGGUUCUGACCAAUACGGGAAUAUCAUCUCCGGUAUUGACGCAGUCAAACACAUCAGAGAUAAUGAACCCAACCCGGCCGAGAAAAUCCCUAAUGAUUUUCUUCAUAUGCCUGUCGGCUUUACUGUUCCUCUCCUGACAGAUUCUUCUGGUGUUAAGUUUGGGAAGAGUGCGGGCAACGCAGUCUGGCUCGACCAAUUCAUGACGAGCAUUUUCGAUCUAUACGGGUACUUUAUACGACGACCCGAUGCUGAUGUUGAGGGACUACUGAAGCAGUUUACCUUUCUUCCGUUGGAGGAAAUUAGUAAGAUUGUAGAGAAACACAACGAAGACCCUUCUAAGCGGCAUGCCCAGCAUAUUCUUGCGCACGAAGUAGUUGCGCUUAUUUACGGAACAAAAGAAGCAACAAAUGUACAGAAUCGGCAUAAGGGGCUAUUCUCGAAGCCAGGCGGUAACCAGAUAUCUUCAUACCCGACGGAUGGGCCGGUCUCGGCGAACAUGGCAUCGGGCUUUCAAAUUGAUCUGAAACUCCCCGAGUCGCUGAUUUUGGGCAAGUCGUUAAGUCGAAUUUUAUAUGCUGCCGGCCUCGCAGACAGCGUUACCGAUGGAAAUCGCUUAACACAACACCAGGGCGCUUAUAUAGGCGGUUCUCCCGGCCAACCUUCUGCUACUAACAAAGGGAUGUCUUACGGCGAGUUGACCUACACGCCGAUCAAGAACUGGUUUCCCCAGGAUACCAAGAAUUUCCUCAUCGAUGGCGAACUCCUAAUAUUGCGGCGAGGAAAACACUUUGUCCGAGUAGUCAAGAUGGUUAGCAAUAAAGAAUGGGAAGAGAGCGGCGCGAUGUACCCGGGCGAACCGGGUACGGGCCGGGUGCGAUUACUGAGAGACACGCUGAGGAAGGCUGCUGAAGAUAAGGACCUCAGUGUAAAUGACCCUGAUACAAGGGAGAAGCUUCUAGACGGAGCGACAAACCUGUACCAGGACAGAGCAGGCCUACUAGAGGAUUUUCUACCCGAGUCGCUCCAGGUCGAUAGCAACCGCGCGAGGCAGAUCCUCCGAGAGUCGCUCAUGUAUAUCCCCACUAGUGGGGGGGCGACGUCCACGAAGGUAAAGACGGCGGCGAUCGACGAGGUGCUAGAGAGGGCCCGUCAGGAGAUAGGACACCGCAACGAGGAGGCUAGGAAGUCCCAGAAGCAAAAACAGCCCAAGAAAGCACCGAGUAGUGCACCUCCUAAGCAAGAGGGUUUAGUAACGCGCCACUUUGUAGAAUAA